ACUUGCAUUGUAAAUAGACUUACAUUCCUCGCUCGCGUCGCUAUUUAUUAGACCAGGCAGGCAGCUCAACACACACUCGAAUCCGCAAGCUGUUAUCAGAGUGACUGUCCUUAACUCCAACAUCUGCAUCAUCUCUCUCGAUCUCCUCCUAUUCUCAGCUCGAUCGGUUCUAUCUCUUCUUACUUCAUUGCAAGAUGCCUUCGUUCGAGUAUGCGCUGGAGCUGGAAGUGUCUGCUGUCGCCAUGUGGGCAGCGUUGAAGGAUCAACACACCAUCUUUCCCAAGCUCAUGCCAGAAGCUAUCGCCAGCAUGGAGAUCGUAGACGGUGAAGGAGGCCCAGGAUCUUCCCGCGUCGUCAAGUUCGGACCAAUGGUCCCGGAAGGUGGAUUUGUGAAGGAACGGAUCGUGAGCCUGGACGUCGAAGGCCGCUCCGUUGUUUCUGAAGAGGUCGAAGGUGGUCAUUUGGCGCAAUUCGGAUUUACCAAGUGGGUGCAAACACUGAAGCUAGAGUCGACAGGCGACAACACCUCGAAAUUGCUCAUCUCUGCCGAAUUCGAGGGUGGCUCAGACGAAAGCGCCGCCAAGUCAGAACAAAUGACGAAGCAGGGACUUACCCACACCUUCAAGGCACUUGAGCAAUACGUGAAGAGCAGCGCUUGAGCAGCGAGUCGAAUUUUCUUUGAAUGUUAAAUUGGCAUCUUUCAGUGUCGUCAAGUUUGUAUAGAUGAGUGAUCCGAAUGAGUUUAUCAUGUACACGAGCUGAUAUUCGUUUCAAAUGAAAGAUUUGUACUCUAGACUUGCUUUUGAGAUCAUUGUAAUCUAUCAUAGCCAUGCUGUGGCUCGUACAUCGACAGACUCGAUGGACUUCGCAGACUGGGAGCUUCCAACUGUAGAGUCUCUUCGGCUUUGCAAAUUGCAAGCCCUCUAAAAAGCUUAUUCUUGUCUCAAAAUUGGACUACGC